GGAAAGUAUGCGAUUUACACUAGUUUGUGAGUUUAUCCAAACUUUUUGUUUUCGAAGAAUAGAUGAUAUGUCGGGAAAAGCAUAGUUUGCCGGACUCAUUUUGUAUCAAGAGAAAGUUGAGCGGAACUUUUCGAGACAAUGCAGGCGAGUGGAAGUGUGUGUGUGUUUUUGGCACUGUUACUGCCGUGCUGUUUCGUGGCGUCUGGACAGCAUCAAGGAGAUAAUGGCAUAGCGGUCCCUGAUCACGGCUUCUGCCAGCCCAUAACUAUCCCUCUGUGUACGGACAUCGCUUACAAUCAAACCAUAAUGCCAAAUCUGGUGGGACACUACAACCAAGAUGAUGCCGGGCUUGAGGUCCAUCAGUUUUACCCGCUUGUCAAGGUACAGUGCUCACCCGAGCUCAAAUUCUUCCUGUGCUCCAUGUAUGCUCCAGUGUGCACAGUUUUAGAGAAAGCCAUCCCACCAUGCCGCUCCAUUUGUGAGAGGGCGAAGCAAGGCUGUGAGGUCCUCAUGAACAAGUUUGGCUUUCAGUGGCCAGAGGCGCUCAGAUGUGAGCAUUUCCCAGUUCUGGGUGACGGACACAUCUGUGUGGGCCAGAAUGAUUCCAUGGCCACCGUGUCACCCGUUCACAUGCCCAUUCCAGGAACACCAAGCGUUCAGCUCUACUCCACACCGGAUAAACCAUUUCGCUGCCCUUCCACACUCAAAGUGCCAGCCUACCUCAGCUAUAAGUUCCUGGGUGAGCCAGAUUGUGGUGCCCCCUGCGAGUCCUCCAGAACACACAGGGCCUACAUGUUCUUCACAGACCAGGAGAUUGAGUUUGCCCGCAUUUGGAUCCUCAUCUGGUCAUCGCUCUGCUGUGCGUCCACUUUAUUCACUGUAACCACAUAUAUAGUGGACAUGCAGCGUUUUAAAUACCCUGAGCGUCCUAUUAUAUUUCUGUCUGGCUGCUACACCAUGGUGUCCAUUGCAUAUAUCGCUGGCUACUUCCUCGGGGACAAGGUUGUGUGCAAUGAGAGCUUUUUUCCUGACAGCUACAAAACCAUUGUUCAAGGUACAAAGAAGGAAGGAUGUACGAUUUUGUUCAUGAUGCUGUAUUUCUUCAGUAUGGCUUCUUCGAUCUGGUGGGUCAUCCUGUCACUCACUUGGUUCCUGGCGGCGGGUAUGAAAUGGGGCCAUGAGGCUAUUGAAGCCAAUUCACAAUACUUUCACCUGGCUGCCUGGGCCGUUCCAGCCGUAAAGACUAUUAGCAUCCUUGCAAUGGGGCAGAUCGAUGGAGACGUGCUAAGCGGAGUUUGCUUUGUGGGCCUGAAUAAUUCAGAUGCCUUGCGGGGCUUUAUUUUGGCUCCUCUUUUCCUCUACCUCUUCAUUGGCACCUCAUUUCUGCUUGCAGGCUUCGUGUCGCUCUUCCGCAUCCGAACCAUCAUGAAACAUGAUGGCACCAAGACUGAAAAGCUGGAGCGAUUGAUGGUCCGCAUAGGUGUCUUUUCGGUUCUCUACACUGUCCCAGCCACCAUCGUCAUUGCCUGCUUUUUUUAUGAGCAGGCCUUUAGGCAGCAGUGGGAGAAGAGCUGGAUCAGUAUGAACUGUAAGAGCCUGGCCAUCCCCUGUCCCAUGCAGCCCGCUCCUCACAUGACCCCCGACUUCACCGUCUUCAUGAUCAAGUACCUCAUGACCCUCAUUGUAGGGAUCACUUCAGGAUUCUGGAUCUGGUCGGGAAAGACACUGCACUCUUGGCAGAAGUUCUAUGUGCGUUUGACCAGUGCUGGACAAGGAGAAACCACUGUUUGAAACGAGACAUUGUGAUCCACAAUUUCAUGCAUUAUGACUUUAGAAAUACAAAAAGUGCCUUUGAUUGUCAGUAUUUUGAAAGCAAUUAUUCAUGUCUAUUUCUGAGGCUGCCGAGAAAGAGAAAUGGGACAUAAACCACUUGGCUUCACCAAAUAAACAUGGCCCAUUUGAUACCAAGUGCAUAAAUGUGUUCCUCCCCAUUCUACUGCCCCCCUGGGUUUUUUUCUCAUAAGCUGCUGGCCAUAAAAACUCAACUUGGAAAGUGAGAUACCAGCUGGGAAUUCAUCAAACGACAGAGCAAAGCGAGCCGUGGGGGGAGGAGAGCUUUAACGGCAGGCAGUUGUGCUUAAUGUAAUUAAAACACACAUAAUACCUAAUAUGUACAUAAUACAUAUGUACAUAUGUAUUAUGUACAUAUGUACAUAAUAUUUGUAAAAAUCUGUAUUUAACCUUUAUUAUAUAUAUUUGUAUUUAAGCAAUUGUACCUUUUUAUGUUUCAAAGUUUGGUACUCUUUAGAAUCUGAAUUUUGUAGCCACUCUCUCUCAUUUGCUCUGUACUUAA